UAGUCUCGAUUUGUAUUUGGUUUGUUUCGAUCAGCAAACAAAAAUUUAAAAAAUUACCCAAAAUUACAUGUGUAGCUAAAAAAAAAAAAGAAAAAUAUUGUUUUGUGAAAAUUUGCCUUUUUUUAAAAUUAAAAUUUGCGUGUGGUAAAAUAUGCAGGCCCACCAUGCGAUGCCUGAUUUUCGUUGCCGGAAUAAUUGCCAGCACAAGGAAUGCCAGAGACAUGCUCCAUUGGGUCUGAUUGAUCAACAUACGCAAUGCAAGUGCCUGGGCGAGGUGAAUGCCUCGUCUAUCUUCUUGGAGAAUGUCCUGGAUCUGGCGAAUACCUUGUCCCAGAUCAUGAUCGUUUGUGGCCUGCACGAAUGCAAGGCCAAGUCGACGGUGGAUAUUAUCACUUAUGCCUUUUUGCAUUACGAUCAGGUUUGCUAUUGCAUCGACACGACGCCAAAGAAGCGUUUAAGGAAAGAGGAUCUAUUCCAUGAAUUGGGCAAAAAGUCACUGAUGAAUAAGGUUGAGGCACAUUUGGCCUAUUCGAUUAUCAAGCGGGGCUUUAAGGCCUUCUACUAUGAACCGAAGAAGGAAUUGACUUACGAUGAUCAGGGUAGACCCUCAUAUAAUGAUGAAUGCGUCUGGGUACAUGCAGCUCGCAAGUCAGCCGAAAGUUAUGCCCGUUUCGAUGGCCUCUCCUGUUCAGAUCAAUUGGCCUACGAGGCAAAAAUAAAAAUUGCCUAUAAGAAAUUCUAUGAUCGCAUGCAAACGCGUAAACGUCAACCCGAGGGCGACGAUUGCAAUUGUUGCUUCUGUGCCAAGAAACGGGGACAUCUGGUCUAUGCCAAGGAACCAGUACCAUGCAGCACCAAGCGCAAGCCGAAACACGUCUGUCCCUAUUGCUGCAAGAAGAAGGAGAAGAAGCAAUAUAUCCAUCCUGCACGACAGUCAGCUAAAUGUCCCAAAUGCCACAAAUCAAGGAAGUUCUGCUGCUGCACCAAAUUGGACUUCAAUUUGCAGUGGGUCAAGAGCAUAUGGGAUCGUCCAGAUUUCAAUCAAUAUUACAAGAAUGAGAUUGCCGAGAUUGAAGAGCGCCUGGUCAAGGGUUCGUGCUGGCUGCCACCAGAGCCUGUUUUGGAGCAUCUCGACGCCGAGGAAGCGGAAGAGGAAGGGGACGAGGCAUACGAGUUUUCACCAGAAGCCCAAUUAGCUUUAGCCGGCAAGAAAGUGCCAGCUAUCAGUGAGGAUAUGCAACAGUCUCAGCAAGGUUCUCAAAUGGGCAGUCCUGUAAAAACUGGAGAGACAACCGCACCAGGCACAGCCGCAGGCUCACGAAUUGGUUCUAUUGCCGCCGAAGGAGAUGCCGCAUAAACCGCCAAUUUGAACUGAAACUCUGUACGCUGAGAAUUAAAGUCAGAAAAUUUGUAGAUAAACAAUCUCAAGGAUUUUCUAUAUUACUUCCAUUAAUUAACCAGAAUACGUAUAUCUAUCUUCAGAUCAAUCAACCAAUCCUUUGAAACAUGAAAUAUAUUCCUAAGUCGGUGUGCCAAAAUCAGAACGAACUGAUUGAAUGUCUACAAUGUUUUUCAAAAUUAUCAAAUUUAAUUGAAUUAGUAAAUAAAUAAAUGGCUAUCCUGUUAUUUUGCUCUAA